CUAGUCAGUCUGCUAGCUGUGAUUGUAAAUUCCCAAAUUAUACGACAAUAUUUUAUUAGGCAUGCGAAUAUAGAAGCAAAACAUGUUGCAUCAGUUGCUUAUUUUUUAAUAAUUAUUUCGAGAAAACAGAAAGUGAUUGGUUUGAUAUGAAGAACGAAGAGGACCAUGAUGAAGAUCAACAGGUUGCUUUGGAGCUUUUGGAAAGGACAGCGGAUAAAAUCAAAGAUGAACCACAACCCAGUUUGGAAAUACCUCCUUUACUAUUUUCCAAGCGUUUAUUCGUGACGAUUAUGCUAUUUCUUUGCUACGUGAAUUUCCAAGUGCUGAGAAAUAAUAUGAAUAUCGCUAUUGUCGAAAUGAUAUCGAAUAAAACAAUCAUCCAAGGCAAUGAAAACACUACGCAACUCGCAGAAUUCAACUGGGAUUCAACAACCGCCGGUGUAGUUACGAGUAUAAUCAACUACGGAGGUCAACUCGCAUUCGCCAAUGGAUUUUUAAUUAAUAAAAUGGGAGCAUCGACGAGCUCCGGUGUGUGUAUGCUUUUGGCUGGUAUUACAACUUUCCUGCAUCCAGUCUCUCUGCAACUUGGUUUCUAUGUGUUCUUAGCGAUACGUUUUUUCACUGGUAUUUUAGAGGCAGUAUUUUACUCAAGUACUCCUUCCAUAGCAUCGAUGUGGUUCCCAUUGCAGGAGAGAUCAACGCUGAUAGCCCAUAGUAUGAAUGGAAUAAAUGUUGGUGUGGCACUGGUGUAUCCUUUUUGCGGAUAUCUGGCCCAUACAUGGGGAUGGCGGAUGGUAUUUUAUGUCACAGGCCUUAAGUCCGUCCUUGUAUCUAUAUGUUUCCUAAUUUUGGUAAAAAAUCAUCCUAGCCAAGAUAGUAACAUUUCAAAAGCUGAAGUCGCGUAUAUCCUUCGAGAAACCGAGGUUACUUCAUUGACACCUGAAAAACAUAACAACACUAGCACCAUGAAAGAAAAGCUAUUCCAAAUUCUCAGUGUAUUCAAACUUCUUUUGACUUCGGGACCGAUUUGGGCCCUUUUCACACUCAUAUUCACUUACAUGUGGAUAGCUUCGGUGAUAUCGGCUUGUUUACCUUCAUAUUUCAAAGAUGUCACAGGAAAGAACAGCGAUGAAAUUGGGUACAUAUCUUUCAUCCCUAAUGCUGUGUAUAUAUUCAUGUUCCCCAUCACAGGAGCCUUGAUGGAUUAUUGGAAAAAUCAUAGUAAUGUUACAACAGCAACGAUUCAUAAAACAUUGCUCAGUAUAGCUUACAUCUCAAGCGUGGUUUUCUUCAUAGCGAUUACAUAUGUCACUGAUCUGACCACAAUACUAGCUUUUUUCGUUUCGAUUCAAAUUUUCACUCCAUGUGCUCCAUUAAUUAUAUCAAUUAUGACGGUCAGCCUUGCUCCCAAUCAUGUCAGCCAUGUUUCCAGCUUCUGUACGAAUUUCUUUUCUUUGGGUGCAGUUUUGGUUCAAACUGUUUCAGGAAUCAUGACCCCAAAUCACACUUUUCAAGAAUGGAACAACUCUUUCAUUUUGGCAGCCGGUAUCGCGAUAUUCGGUAACUUAAUGGUCCUGAUGUUUGGAUCUAGCGAUGCUCAGAAGUGGUCUUUGUCACCGCCUUUGAAGGAAGCCAAUUCUCUAACUGAUAAAAGUUUGCGAACGAAUGGUGCGAUUGGUUGUUGAAUUUUUUUUCAAAUCUGAAAAACUACGCCUGUUUAGUAUUUUGUACCUGUCUAAUAAAUUUAUAUUAAAUUUUU